AUGGAGCUGCGAUUUGCACUAAGGCAUGUACGGGAGGACACAGUCAUUCCUCCACCUCCUGUCGAAGAAGUGACGGAAUUUCCAGGAGUCUACUUCCUCUACGGAGUAGAAGACGUUUGUCACCGUCGGAUUCUCUUGAAUAUUUCCGGUCCUCUCCUCCCCGAGGAUGGCCAUCUUGUGGCGGAGAUGGCUACCCUUGGUUCUCUCCCGGACAGCCUGAAUAUGUGGGACAAAGAUGUUCUGAUGAACUUUAAUGCGAACGCCAAACGGGAUAAUGGACGUCAUCCAAAGUCCAUCUGGUCAAGGCUUGAGCAGUGUGAGCGUACUUUGAGCCACCAUAUUGAAUUCAGCCUUGUGUCAAGCCGCUUGAGUUGA